AUGAAUACUGCGGUGUCCAACAACCGAAUAGAUUCGAUCCACCUGGGUAGGCUGGGGUACGCUCUGCGUCGGUAUGCCACCUCCCCACCACAAGACACAAUCAAGCAAAUCUAUGUUAACCCAAUGACACCAGCCGGCGGCGGAGCCUACUACUUUGCUAAAAAAUCGAUCAAUGCCGACCGACAAUCGAGAUUCGAAGCGGAUAUGAAGAAAAAGGCCCAGCUUGCCGCGAUGGAGGCGGAGCACCGACGCCAGGCAGCGGCUUCCAAGCCGGAGCCCAUCUCAACCCCUUCCAGCAACGCGAGCUACAAACGCGCCAAUCAGGCACGCCACCAAAACGCUUCGGAUGAUGUAGCCUCGCCGAGUGAAGAAGCGAGCCACGAUCCGGCACCGACUCGACACGAGCCCGAGACCGAGGAAGAUCGAUUGCUGGAGAAAGGAAAGUAUGAGGCUGCGCGGCCUUUCCGACCUCCGCCUGGUAACCGGUUGUAAGAAGCUACCGGGUACUCAGAUGAAAGGACUAUCCUUGGGUCUAGUAAACUGUGGUGCAUCCGCCUUAUAGUCAGCCGGCUGGCUGACGGCCUGUACAAUAUUCCUGUAUCUAAAUUGAAGCGUUGUGCUUACAGGUGCCGGAAACUUAAGAAUGAAUCACCCUAUUAAGUCAAUCGGCGUAGAUUACGCAUAUCAAAGCGCCCAGUGCUGUAUG